UUUGCCGGGCCCGGAGGGCACCGUCGUCCCGCGAGGGCCCCCGGGGAUUUGCCGCCGGGCGGGCGCUUGCUGGUGGAUCCUGCUCCUCGCCGGGCAACCCAGGCACGGAGCCCCCGGGGCACGGCGGGGGGGCGGCCGCUGCGGCAGCCGCAUCUCUCCGGGUACGGCCGGGCCGGGAGCGGGGCUCCUGCCCCAGGGAGGUGCCGAGUCAGGGAAACCCCCAGGAGCUGCCCCUGCUCCUCUCCACGCCAGAGACACAGAGAGGUCACCCCCCCCCCGAGCCUCUGUGCGGUCGUUGUCCCUCCAGGACAGACUUGCUUCAGGGCAGCCCGUCGCUGUGGAGGUCCGCAUGCGAGGGUGGCACUGCUGUCCCCACACUCUGGCUGCUGCCUGCCCUGCUCGGGCCCAGUUGCCCGCAGCUUCUGCCCAACCGGACCCACAGACAAGUGGUGGGAUGCCCACCUGUGUUCUUGGAGGGGACCAGCCUGCCUGCAACAAGCUGUACCCCCAGCCCAGCUGUGACUCUGAGGCUGGGAAGGAAGCCCUCAACAGCAGUGUCAGCUCUGUCACCCAAGAAGGUGACAGCCAGCCCGGCAGCAUGCCCCGGGCAUCGCCGCUGCCACGGCCACCAUGGGGCCGGCCCGGCGUGAAGGCAGUGGUUACCGCCGGGGUGUUUGUAACCACCCUCUGGAACCUGAGGUGCUUCCUCAACCCCUCUGAGGUCUCUGGAGAAGCCCCCAAGCAUACUGAGCCGCUGGUGGUCCUGGUGUGGGACUGGCCCUCGAAGCAGGUCCCCAAUGUCAGCGGGGACAUUUGCCAUGAGCUAUAUGGCAUCACGGGCUGCUGGCUCACCACAGAGCGGCGGCUCCUGGACCAGGCGGACGUGGUGGUGUUCCCCCACACCAGGCUCCAGCCCGGCAGGGACAGGCUGCCCAAGGAGAGGCCGCCGGGGCAGAACUGGGUGUGGGUGUCCCUGGAGUCCCCCUCCAACACUAAAGCUCUAGCAGGAUGGAACCAGACCUUCAACUGGGUGAUGACCUACAGACGGGACUCAGACAUCUUCAUCCCCUACGGCAAGCUUGUGCCCAACCGGUCGGCCACCGUGAACAUCCCCACAAAGACCAACUUGGUGUCAUGGGUUAUCAGCAACUACCACAAGACUCAGAAAAGAGCUGAAGUCUACCAAAACCUCUCCAGGUACCUCCACGUAAACAUAUACGGAAAAGCAAACAAAAAGCCACUUUGCAAGGACUGCCUCUUGCCAACAACAUCCAAGUCCAAGUUCUACCUGGCCUUUGAGAACUCCAUCCACCAGGACUACAUCACUGAGAAGCUCUGGAGGAACUCGCUGAUGGCCAGCACCGUGCCCGUGGUGCUGGGGCCUCCCCGGGCCAACUACGAGCAGUUCAUUCCUGCAGACUCCUUCAUUCACGUUGAUGACUUUGGUUCCCUGGCAGAGCUGGCUACCUUCCUAAAGACCAUGAACUCCAGCCGCUACCGGCAGUUCUUCGCCUGGCAGAAGAGGUACAGUGUGAAGCUCUACACCGACUGGAGGGAGCGCAUCUGCGCCAUCUGCACUGCCUACCCCAGCCUGCCCCGUGGCCAUGUCUAUCCGGACCUGGAGAGCUGGUUCAACACCUAGCAUGGGGCUGGUAUGUGCUGGGACCAUCGAGGAUGCAUCUGGGCAGAGGAUACUGGGGUGGGGAGAACGUGGGGCACCCUCCGACAGAACAGGAUGUGGAGCAGGGAGGGAUGCAGGAGCCCCGACCUCUCCUCCCAGCCUGGCUGUUGCCACACUGGGACCUUGAGCAACUCCACAUGACUUCAUUUCUUGCAAAACAGAACUAAUUCCCCCCGGAUCUGACACUGACCUACCUCACCAGGGUGCUGGCAGGACGAGAGGGUGCUUUGGAAAUAAAUGACACAGUGCUGCAGAG